AUGUAUGGCUUGCACGUCCAGAUUAAACUGCUCUAUGAUGAGAUAUUCACGACGAGAGGUUACCACCGUGACCAGGCUCCCAUUAAUGUGCUUGUGCCAGGGAAUUCGACAGAGGCCACUAAACUGCUUGUCUUGAUUAUCCUCCAAACGAUCUACCUAACCGAUCUAGAUGUUUCGAAACACAUGUUGAGCACCUACUUUGAGCUGGAGAUGCGCUGGAUGGAUCCUAGAUUAGCAUGGAGUACAGAGCAAUUCGGCGCAGUGGAUAAAACCUACAUUCAAUGCGAUUCUCUCUGGAUUCCUGGAAUUUCACUAAUCAGCGCGUUACGCCUGACGGAAGUCUUUCCCGAGCAAUUCCGGGAGUGUACUCUGUACGCUAAUGGAACGGUAAAGUAUGAUCUAAUGUUUACAGCGGAUAUCGGAUGUCAAUUCGAGGUCGAAAACUUCCCAUUUGAUUCUCAAAAUUGUUCAUUGCAAUUCGGGACAAGCACCUACAGCUGGGAUGAGAUCGAGCUUGAAGGCCUAAUGUUUCAGAAAUAUUCAGCAAUGAAUAACUCGGUCUAUAGCAACGGCGAAUGGUUGAUCGAAAAUGUAACACAGCAAGUGGCCACUUUUGAUAUUAUUGGAGGGGUGCAGGAUGUGUUAAUAUUCCAAUUGACUUGCAAACGACAGCCAAGUUUCUACAUUUACGUCAUUGCAAUACCAUGUUUUAUCCUGACUUUCCUGUCGAUUUCCGGCAGCUUUUGGACGCCGAAUCUGGAGGAGGAGCAGUUGUCGAAGUUGAGCUUGACCCUGACGAGUAUGAUGUCGAUGACCACUUUUGUCAAUAUCGUUUCUCAACAAGUUCCUAAGACCUCAACUUUUCCAUUACUAGGAAUUUUCGUGCUCUGCUGUGUCUUCAUCGUAUCUGUAGCUGCUCUGAUCAUUGUCACCUGCCGAGAAAAGAAGAAGAUCAUGCCCAAGUUUGAUAAAUCGCACAAACGG